UCGUUCCUCUUCCCCCGUCUCCCUCUGGGUCUCUUUUCUCUUCCUCCUUGACUGAACCAUUCAAGCUAAACACCAGAGGAUUAUCACUCAACCAUUGAGAAACACACACACACACACAACCAUACACUGAAACACUCACACGCUUUCACUCAACACGUUGCCUGGCCAGAAGUGUCUGUGCUCUUGGUAAAGACAGUGUCUAUGUUUGUUGACGGUGUAUGAUGUGAUGAUGCGAGAGCUCAGCUGUCUGAGAAAACGGGGCUCUGAGCUGAACAAAAACAAAGGGGCGGGAGGAGAGAAGAGUGAGAGGAGAGAGAGGAGUGGAGCCCACGUGCCUCAGAGCUGGAGCUGUAUCUGUAGCUAGCCGUCGUGUCUCAUUCUGCUAAUGGAGGACUGGGGUGCCUGAAGACCAAGACUCUGCUGCAGACUCCCAAAACCUCCUCACGUCCUCUCUGCCAAAUCUAGGAUCAUGUCGGGUGCCUAUGACGAGUCAGCCAGCCAGGAGGAUGCCACAGACAGCUUCUGGGAGGUGGGGAACUAUAAGCGUGCUGUGAAGCGGAUUGAUGAUGGCCACCGGCUCUGCAAUGACCUGAUGAACUGUAUACAAGAGCGAGCCAAAAUCGAGAAGGCCUACAGCCAGCAGCUGACCGACUGGUCUAAGAGAUGGAGGCAGCUGGUGGAUAAAGGGCCCCAGUACGGCAGUGUGGAGAGGGCCUGGGUGGCAAUGAUGACCGAGGCUGAGAAGGUGAGUGAGCUGCACCAGAAUGUGAAGAACGGACUGCUCAACAAUGACUUUGAGAAGGUGAAGAACUGGCAGAAGGACUCCUACCACAAGCAGAUGAUGGGAGGCUUCAAGGAAACCAAAGAGGCAGAGGAGGGCUUCAAGAAGGCCCAGAAACCAUGGGCCAAGAAGCUCAAGGAGCUUGAGACUGCCAAGAAGACGUACCACCUGGCGUGUAAGGAGGAGAAGGUGGCGUCCAGCAGAGAGACCAACAGCAAGGCAGACACCUCAGUCACAGCCGACCAGCAGAAGAAGCUCCUGGACAAGGUGGACAAGUGCAAGCAGGACUCUCAGAAGGCGAAGGAGAAGUAUGAGAAGGCUCUGGAUGAGCUGAGGAAGUGUACGCCCCAGUACAUGGAGAACAUGGAGACAGUGUUUGACACGUGUCAGCAGUUUGAGGAGAAGAGACUGAGCUUCCUCAGGGAGGUGCUGUUAGACAUCAAACGACACCUCAACCUCACCGAGAACCAAAGUUACGCCACAGUGUACAGAGACCUGGAGCGCACCAUCACCUCUGCCAGUGCACAAGAUGACCUGAAGUGGUUCAGCAACAACCACGGCCCUGGUAUGCAUAUGAACUGGCCCCAGUUUGAGGAGUACAAUCCAGAGCUCACUCACAUGAUCAGCAAACGAGAGAAGUCGAAGAAAGGGGCAGACGGUAUAAUACUGACUAGCGUGACAGCAGCACCGAACCACGUGGCAGCACCGGACCAUGUGGCAGCACCGGACCAUGUGGCAGCACCGGACCAUGUGGCAGCACCGGACCAUGUGGCAGCACCGGCUGGAGACAGGGGCAGUGUGAGCAGCUCUGAUAAGAACCAGGCCUACUCCUCCCAGGACCAGUCGGCAGAGUGGUCAGACGAUGAGCAGGCCGCGCCAAACUCCGGCUCAGACACCAAUGGGGGUGGGGCCAACCCCUUUGAGGAGGAGUCAGCGAAGGGCGUACGGGUGAAGGCGCUGUACGAUUACGACGGGCAGGAACAGGACGAACUCACCUUUAAAGCAGGAGACGAGCUAACUAAACUAGAAGACGAGGAUGAGCAGGGCUGGUGUAAAGGCCUGUUGGACAGUGGCAAGUUGGGUUUAUAUCCUGCUAAUUACGUAGAGCCCAUCUAGUUGGGUUCAUAUCCUGCUAAUUACGUAGAGACCAUUUUGUUGGGCUUAUAUCCUGCUAAUUACGUAGAGCACAUCUAGUUGCUUGGGUCACCCAGACUGAACCGUCCAAUCAUACUGCACAUUGCCAGAGACUUCAAAGCAAUGCUUCCCUGUUCCCCCUCUUUGCCUGACCAACCAACACACUGACUGAACAGUCUUUAUUUAAACACUCCCCUAGGACCCACAUCAGAGAAACCCAGCACCAACAUAACCAACACAUAUCAGCUACAACACUGGGAUUGUUACCACAGUCAAACCAUGGCAGUAUGUGUGUACCAACAACACCACAACACCUACGAGUGCAGGAAAAAUAUUCUGCCGUGUUCUAUUCCAAUGUUGUGCUGUGGUUAUGAUGACAUUUACCUGGCAGUAUGUAAGUAUGUUCCCUCGUAACACUAGUGAUAUGAUAUAGUCAAUGGUGCCUGCAUAGCCAGAAUAAGCUAUGCACUGUGCAUUGUAAAUAUUAGCAGAUUCUUUUUUUUUUUUUUGCAAUCUGGAUGCUAUGCGAAACUGUACAGUCCUGUUUUUUUUCUUUUUCAUCUGUCAUUCCAUGUAAGGUUUUAAAUAUGCUGUACAGUACAAAAGAUUCUCACUGUUUUUCUAUCUUUUCUAUGUGAGUUGCUCCUGUGUUGAGUGUUAUGCAGUGUUUGGUGUUUUCCCCCUGAGCAACAGCAGCAGCAUGUCCUACUGGAUCACAGUAAUGACAUUUAGCUGCAAGAUCCUUGACAAAUCACUGUCGAGCAGAGCAGUUCUACACUGUUGAGCCUUGUUCAGUGUAACGGUAUACAACAGUGUUUCUCUACCCACCGUUGUACCAGGGACUGAUAAGCUAUGGUUCCUUGGAUGACUGUUUAUGUUGAAAACCUGCUCUCAAGAUCAGAUGAAAUCGGUGUCAGUCAGAUAAACAUCUGAUGGACCACUCAGCAAUGUCCCAGGGACCGGUGCCCGCCGGACCCAGGAUCCUGGGAAUGAGAAACACUGGUAUAGAAUACACACUUUCCCCAAGGCAGCAUUGAGUGUACUUGUAGUACCUCUGACCGUGUUCCUCAUGUGCCUGUCAUUUCCUGUGUCAUUUCCUGACCUCACUGCUUUCUGGACUCAUCACUUCUAGUACCUCUGACCAUGUGUUGGGUUUAGGUGUGAGAGCAUGUGAACAACAACCCCUUCCUUUUAUCUGGUUACAUGUUUACAACAGUGGCUUUUUCGAAGGGUCAGGGUUCAAACAUUAAUUAGCCUACGUGGGCCUCCACAAAGGUUCAGCACAAAUACAAAAUUGAUCCAACACCACCCUACUCCAUCAAUGGUGACACGGGAAUAGGCUUGUCAUCAGAAAAGGACUGUCGCUGACCAAAUUAAAGGAGCCAAAGAAAUGUGGGAAUAUGAGCGAAUUCUGGGAAUUUGCUGUAUGUAUGAUCACAUUUACAGUAACAACCCAACGAGAGCCCCACUUCCCCAUGGGAAAUACUAGAUCCUGUCUCCUCUGGCUCAACACUGUAACCAUAACAACUGUUUUUGUUGCCAUGGCUUCAGUUUAUUAUGCGACUUCUAUGUCCUGUCUUUUUUAUGAAUGAAAAUGAUAAGUCACCUUUAAUGUGUCCCAGCUCAGUCUCCACCUUGCUAUCUCUGAUCUAACAGUCAUUGCAUGCUCGAUCACCAUAAAUAAGCAUUGAAUUCUACUGUGAGCUUACUGUACAAAUUGACCAAACUUUGUUUAUGUUUUUAUUCUGUCAGUUGAAUCCUAAACAUAAUCUUAUGGAAACUGAUGCCAAUGAUUUGGGUCUCUUAACUGGCAAAAUGUUCAAUUUUCAAUGUUUUUUAACAUCUCCAAAUAAUUAGGAGAAUUUGAAUCUAUACAACACACAAUCCUGUUAAAUCUUAAUCCUUAUAUUUUGAGCUAGUAAAUCAAACAGAAUCUUCAGCAGAGAUUAUACUUGUAAUAUGUGUGACUGUUAUAUGACACAGCUGUAGUGUUCGUUUCCUUAGCAACCCUGGGAGGUAGUGAAGGCUGUAAUAGCCUGACUGCUCUCUCAACACAAGAGGUGUGUACUCUUACUGACAUGGGGACAAAAAGCGACAGUAUAAAGUGCACUGCAAAAAAAGGCAGAAAGCGGAGCCUCCACUGAAAUAUUGAUGAGGAAACUGAAUUUUCUGCUGCUAGAAGUUUAUUCUGGAGAUCUGGGAUAUAUGGCUGUCGGGGUAAAUUUUGGGACUGCACACAUCCGAUUGUGGGGUAAAACACUUUAACCAUCAGCUCUCAAAAUGAGAGCUCUGAAACACAAGCCUAGCUAACUCCGUAAAUGCUUUACCUGAACCACCACUCAUACUCACAACACACACUCUAACAGGGAGAGAAAGAGAGCAUGCAUAUUUAACGAUGCAUUUACCUUGUAUUUUACCUCGUUUUGCGUACUGUAUGUAGGGGAACCAGUGGUCGGACAUGUGGGAAAGCCCUAGUGGUCUAGAAGUCUGUCUGUUUAGAAUAAUAGCUAUUUACUCUACAAACUGUAGUGCCCGUUCAUCUGCAUACAACAAAAUAAAAUGCUUCAUCAAAACAUUGA